UUGGCUAGAAGGGACAUUCUCAAGUAUUGACUUUGGUGAGAUGUCCUCUCAGCGUACCAUUGUCUCCCACCUGCCAACUUCUGUGUUUCCUGAAGGGAUCAAGAAAGAAGGAAAGGUGUGGGACCAGUGAAGCAGAAGUGGGUCAGCUGAAACAGCUGGUAGAAACUCAUCAAACGUUCCGAAUCUAAUCCGGUCAUAAACAAGUUCAUUCCCAAAAUCGACGGCUGGCAUGCCUGAGACGGAGGUACUAGAGGGUUCGGUGAGAUCCAGGAACGGUGAAGUGCGCGCAGAAUCCGUGACGGAGAGGGAGGACCUGUUUGAUGAAACGUAUAAAGAAAAAGACGGUCCAAAGCCUCCAAUGAUAAUCGUGUGGAAGAAUGUCAUUUUGAUGACUUUGUUGCACAUAGGUGCGGUGUACGGCAUCUUCCUCCUUCCAUCUGCGCGCAUGUUGACCUUGGCUUGGUCUGUUAUUUGCUUUUUAAUCAGUGCUUUAGGAGUGACUGCAGGGGUUCAUCGGCUGUGGAGCCACAAGUCUUACAAGGCGUCUUUACCUCUCAGAAUUUUUCUUGCCUUUGCCAACUCCAUGGCCUUUGAGAAUGACAUAUUUGAAUGGUCUCGGGACCAUAGAGUUCACCACAAGUUUUCAGAGACUGAUGCCGACCCCCACAACGCCGUCCGUGGGUUCUUCUUCUCCCACAUUGGUUGGCUUCUGGUGCGCAAACACCCUGACGUCAUUGAAAAGGGGAAGAAGAUCGACCUCAGCGACUUGAAAGCAGACAAAGUUGUUAUGUUCCAGAGGAAGUAUUACAAGAUAUCAGUGGUGCUGAUGUGCUUCACUGUCCCCACGUUGGUGCCUUGGUACUUGUGGGGCGAAAACUUUUGGGUGAGCUACUUUGUGCCCGGCCUGCUGAGGUACGCUGUGGUGCUAAACAGUACGUGGUUGGUCAACAGCGCUGCUCACAUGUGGGGCAACCGGCCCUACGACGUCAACAUCUACCCCAGAGAAAACAAGUUGGUCAUCUUAACAACCAUAGGCGAAGGAUUCCAUAACUAUCAUCACACCUUCCCCUAUGACUACGCGACAAGUGAGUUUGGCUGCAAAAUGAACCUGACUACCUGUUUCAUCAACUUCAUGUGUUUUCUCGGCCUGGCGAAGGACUGCAAGACAGUGGCCCCGGAAAUAGUUCUGGCUCGGGCCCAGCGCACUGGAGAUGGAAGCGCCCGGAACCGAAGUGGUUGAGGAUUUCCCCUCUUAACCACUUUCCAAGUAUAUAGUUAAGGGGGGGGGGAAAAGUGUAAUUUACUGUGUAAUUUUUAAACACGCUUGUUGUAGCUAAAACCACAGAAUCACUUUUCCUCUUUGUGGGCUUAACAUGAAGAGCUCUUUAAGGAUUAAUGUUAGCUUUUGAAAACGGGACUUUGAUCGCCUUGUUGUGUUUUGUAUUUUGGUUUUUCUCUUAGCUGCAGCUAAUAGGAAUUUUGUGAGACGAUAAAAAGACUACAGUACAGGUUGAAAAAUAAGAAAGCCCAAAUUAAAUUGAAAAGUAUUGCGACACCUUUAAAUCUCCAUCUUGAAGUGAAACUGUCCUUUGUGUCUAUAGCUUUCGUGUAUAGCAAUGUAGCCAAAACAGAACAUUGUGAGACUUUACAGCAAACGUUCAAUAUUUCAAUACAUUUCAAAUUUCAGAUUUACAGAUUUAAUACAGACAAUACAUGGUCCCUCCCAAAAACGCCUAAAUGCUCACUGCAAUUCUACACAUUUUGCCAUGAGGUAGAGAAAAGAUCAGUUUCAUAGCUAAUUUCCCAUUUGUAAAUUCAGCCAUGCAUAGAGGCAUAUUCAGCUGCACUCCAGUUAUGCCACAUUUUUCGAAAUUAGUAAGCAUUUUCUUUUUAAAUAGUUCACUGUUUAUAUGCACUUUUUAAAAUGCUGUUUGCAUUCAACAGCACAUUUAAUUUAAUUGGCUUUUUAACGUUUUUUCACUAACAAUAAAAUACUUCUAAAAAGGAAAUGCAAACCUCAUCUUUACUUCGUGUAAGUUAACAUCUGCAAACGGACAUCUCAAUGAAAACUUUUUUUUACUUAGUACUUAAAAAAAAAAAAACGUUUUGAAGAGAUCUGCGCAGCCCUCCGCUUCAUUUUGAAAUCGCGAUUUUCCACCUGAAUUGUUACCUCGCUUACUUUAACAUUGCUGUAUAGCGUUAUCUCUGGCAUAUCAGGAAAACGUGAAUCGGAUUUCCCGUAAUAUUAAAUAUGUAUGUAACUAAAAUGUGCCAUGGGUCGGACGUGUAAAGUGCAUCCAUAUCAUAGACACGUUAUUAGCCCAUUGUGGCUGGGUGGUGCAGUUCGACAAUCUACUUGGCCCCACAAAUAUUGAGCGGCACUUUCGGUCCUGAGUCCUUCGCAGAUUUUACGGUUGAAUUUGAUUGUGACUAAGGAGAUUGUUCAGUAGGGGAAUUACUUUUUAAUGAUUACCACAUAUUUCGAUUCAUACAUCCUCUGGCGUGUGUGCUCUCUAAGUUUUGUAUUCAUGUUGCCUUUGUGGUUUUCAAAAGUUUUGCUUUUAGUAGCCUACCCCCCUUGACAACAGCACAGGA